UAUAUAAGUACAGCUCAUUAUUUCAUUCUGUCUUUAUCAAUACAUGGCGCCCAUACAUAUCGAACUGCCGGGUAGGUUGAAGAGAGAGAUUUCGACAAAAAAUAAUAAUAAUAAGACUUCACGCAAGCUUUUGUAAUUUGGAGAUAGAACUCUCCCGCUUGCUGUUCUCUUCCUAGUUUAAAAGUAAAUUAAGGGAAAGAGAAUUUACCGAUAUAGUACUAGUACAAGCUAAGCCAAAAUACCUCAACAGAUCAAUGAGUUGUGUACCCGCUGCUCACGUAGUUACAGUCACAAUGUAAACAAAUAGCAAUAUCUUUUUGUCACUACUUGAAUAGCUUAAUGUAUGCAUUUGAUCGUUCUGUCUCAUAAAGUCUUAUAGAAAAAGCUAAAGCAUCUAUUCAUGAUCUGGUACAAUUUAUCAGUAUGUUUAUCAGACAAAAGAAGCGAUGUCGUACUUUACAACCAGGAAGAUAUACUCGGUAUUUAUAUACUAUAUAUAAGUACAGCUCAAUAUUUCAUUCCGUGUUAGUCAAUAUAUGGCGCCCAUAUAUACAUAUCGAACUGUCAGGUGAGUUGAAGAGAGAGAUUUCGACAAAGAUAAUUAUUAUAAGACUUCACGCUAGCUCUUUCCUGGUUAACAAGGGACAGUCAGCAGUUGGAAUCCUAUGUAAGUUCGUGAUAAACACAUUUAACAAAAUACAUGUUUUAGGGAACUGUCCAUUUCGAUACGAAGACAUGGCUUGUAUAGGGUAUGUUAUUUAUAUUGAUGUUUACUUGUAAUACUGUAGGAUGUUUUCACAGAGAUAUCACAGAGAGACGAGGUAGCUUUAUAUACCUUCCACGAAUCCUAUUAUGAAAGUGUGUCGUUCCCUUCCCGGUGCAGUUAAUAAACAUGAAUAUUAUAUAUAUAUACCAUCGUUAUAUCUGAUUCGAUAUUAAUUAUGCAGCAUAAAAUAUUCGUUGAACGAAUAGUGUAGCAAGAACUGCAAGCCUUCCGUGCAUCGUUUUAUACGUAGACUGCUAUAAAUAAAACAUGUAUACUUAAAGUAAUACAUCAACGUGUUUUUAAAAGGUGUCACUGAUGGUAUCGUAGUACAUUCAUAUAUUGAAAAGAUCAUGUGUUGUUAACAAUAUUUUUUUGCUCCCCCACAGAUUUGUUCAUAGAAGGUACACAAUCAUAUGGCGGAAAGGAAGUAUUUAAAGGGUGGCUACCUAGCCAGCGGUGGACAAAUAGAAAACGAACAGGGUUUGGCCAAUUUUAUGAAAUCAUCAGAUGAUCUUGGUGAUGAUUACAGUGAAUCGGGAGAUAUAAGGAUAAUUGAUGACGAAGAAGAGUUUGAAAACUUUUUGAAUGAAUCAUUUGUUAGAAGACCACCUGAAACCUUUUCGAAGGAAGCUGUUUUAAGAAGUUUACCAAUAAGACCCAAUAUAGCAAAGGCAUAUCCCAGCAGCAGCCGCAAAUUGACAGUCAGUGGCGCGUAUUUUAAUGACUUCAGACCUUUACGGAGAGGUGUUCAAGUUAGAGAUUCAAGCAAUAAUGUUCAUGAUACCACAAGCAGGCGGACUGUUCGUCCUCAGACAUCAAGAUACUGUUUAAAAUGGUUCGAGGAUAAUUCAGAAGAAAGAUGUCAAGGGGGAAAGGGACCAACCACUAGGACAAGAAUGGAGAAGACAAGGUAUGAUAAUGUGCUGAAAAACAACAUGUCAUAUCCCAGCAGCGGCCGCCAAUUGUUAAUCAGUGGCUCGUAUGUUAAUGACUGCACACCUUUACGGAGAGGUGUUCAAGUUAGAGAUUCAAGCAAUAAUGUUCAUGAUACCACAAGCAGGCGGACUGUUCGUCCUCAGACAUCAAUAGCCUGCUUAAAAUGGCUCGAAGAUCAACAAGAAGAAAAAUUUCAAGGGGGAAAGGGACCAACCACUAGGACUACAAUGGAGAAGACAAGGUAUGAUAAUGAGCUGGAAAACACCAUGGCCAUACCUGCUCUGGUCCCGGAUCAUACGUCAGAGGUGGGCAACUUCAAAACAAGUGAAAACGACAAACUGGAAGCAAUUGAAAGCUUACCUCGUGUAAAACGGCGUCACAAAAAACACAAAAGACCCAUUAAGGUACCACAAGGGAAAGCAUUGAUGCUCAAACCAUUGCACGAUGAAAUUAAUUCAGAAUCAGACAGAAAACUUGACUUGGUGAAAGGAUCAAUCCGUCAAUGGCUACCACCCCUACUGCCAAAAAGUCCCGGAAAUGACACAAAAGGAAGAGUGGAAUUUUGGAGGUUCCAUCACACACAUCCGAUUUGUGCGGUUGGUAAGGAAAGCUCCAUGGAAGAGGUAACGCGAGCUUUGAAAACAAAACUAAUGUGGGGUGGCGAUGUCACCCUCUACAGGGGAGCCAAUCUGAUAGAAGCCGGUAAGCAGACGGCCACAUUGGCAGACACUCUUGGUGAUGUUGUGUACCCAGUAAAGCUGUUCACCAUUCAGACACCUUCUCCGCGUAUUCCGCCUGAGGAAUUCCAGACAUCUGACCCCGACGCCAUGGAUCCAUAUCCGGAUUCCGCAGUACGUGUUAAGAUGUCGUGUGGACAUGCAACGACUCCCGACAAUUUAUAUGGAUAUUGAAGAAACAUAAUAAAUACCCGGGAACUGGCUUUCGUGUGUCCAGUGGUGCGCUGUGGAAGAGAAUGGGGCUUCGUGGAGAUUCACCUGAAAGCUUGUCUCACUUCCGAUGAACGCAAUCUGUUUGAGCAUCUGCUUUCAAACGUCUUUUUGGAGGAGCGAGAAAAUGUGCACAAAUGCCCCUCAUGCUUUGAAUAUAUUGAAGACGAAUCGAAAAGGAGGAAAUGGUUUGCGUGCAUUUAUUGUCAAAGAGAAAAUAGGAAAUCCAAGUAUUGUAACACUUGUCUCUAAGUAUGGAAAGGAAGAGAUGAUGCUGCUAACUGUUCAAGGAAACAGUGUCGCCAAAGCCGAAAGAGAAUAAUAACAAUAUUGAAGGAGUGUAAGUGGAAAGAGAUAGAUGGCGCUAGGUGUCCUUCUACGCGGGCAUGCCCUUCGUGUCACUUCAUGAUCCACCAUGACAGCAACUGUAAACGCAUGAAGUGCUCUAGGUGUAAAACAGACUUUUGUUUUAUCUGCCUGGCGAUCAAACCCAAACAUUCGGACUAUUAUGAGGGAUGCAAUGGUGUUUUUGAAAAAUGUGAUGUUGCUCCAAUCCAGGACACAACAAAAUGUUGAUGGUUCUUGGCGACUAGAGAACAGUAUGCAGUUUUGAGUGGAUAUAGUGGUGAACGAGGCCGGUAGGUCAUAUUUUUGAACACAUUGAAAACAUAUUACUGUGUAAAAUACCUACACUGUGCUGUAUUCGUACAAGAGAAAUGUCUCGUUUGUGGUUUUGGAUUUAACAGUACAAUAUAUUUGCCACUUGCAGCCCAUUCAACAUCCAAUAAACAUGCAAGAACUUAAUGUUGUUUUUGUUAGAGUCGGGGCGGGGCUUAAGAAAUCGUGUUAAAAUUCUACUUUUGAAGAAUAAAAU